CAACCAUGGUUGGCAAGUCGUCGCCUCCUUCGAGCCCGCCUCGUGAGACAGAGGAUGAACCCAGCACGAUGGCCCUCCCAGAUACCCCCCCAUCUAGUCCAUUGGUCUCUGACGUAGGCGCCAGCACCCAAGUACUCUCGUCACCACCGGUAACUAGCCCAUCACGUCCUGUCCUGGCUCGAGCUCCGGCCACACCACCUUCCAGUCCUGAAUCUGCUCCUACUGCAUCCACCGAAGCACAAAUCAACAACAUUAGGCUCCCAUCGUCACUGCCUUCUACCCCAUUGCGACCUGCUUUAGCUGUUCCUGACACCCCUCCAUCCAGUCCCCUGUCGCCUAGUGGUUCGACUCAACAACAGGCGGCCAUCUUGCGCGACGCUCCAGCCACGCCACCAUCGCCUUCAUCAUUUUCCCAACCGUCCGUGUCGAUAUCUGCCACGGCGGACCUUCACUACACUCACCAGGACUACUCGGCGUCCAUCGAUGCGACACCAAUGCCACGAUACCUCGGGCGAUAUGCCGAAGGCGACAUCAACGUUGGGUUGAAUCGAGCACUCCCUCGCGGCGACUUAGGUCGGUCUCAAGUUCGUCUGGAUGUGCCACUGCCACAGCAGGCGUCGGCAGCUUUGAAUCCCGACAGCCCGCCAUCGUCUCCCAUGUCGGAUGGGCAUCGUCAGUUUCCCGCGGCCCCGGCAUCUCCCGGAUCCGCCAGUCUCAGCCUUCGUCCCAAUGACGUCGACUUGGCUCCACCUAUGGCCGAACAGUCGUACUCGAACGCUGUUGUGUGGGGGACGAAUGUAAACGUCGCCGAGAGCAUGCGAGUCUUCCGCGUGUUUCUUCAAAAUUUUGUGCCACGGGAGCUUGACGGCUCGGAUGAAAGUUACUACCGCAAAGUACUUCGGCAAAUCCACCUGACUCAGGAAGGCGUAUUCAACCUGGACUGCCAGCACUUGCUCCAGUCGACGGACGAGACUAAGGUGUUGUACACGCAGCUGCUGCAUUUUCCCCAAGUGCUCGUCCGGAUUCUCGACAUGGUCGUGCAGGACGCUUACAAGGCGAUGUUUUCCGACGACCCGGAUGCGACACGGAUUCAAGUGCGGCCGUUCAAUUUGAAGGAGGUUCAAGCGAUGCGCAACCUGAACCCGAGCGACAUCGAUCAACUUGUGUCGCUGCAAGGCAUGGUCACGCGGUGUUCCGCUGUGAUUCCGGACCUGAAGAUGGCAUUCUUUCGAUGCACAACGUGCCACGCGGACGUCGAGGUCGAGCUGGACCGCGGCCGCAUUGACGAGCCAUCCAGUUGUCGCCACUGCCAGUCGAGGAACUCGAUGGAGAUCGUACACAAUCGAUGCGCAUUCACAGACAAGCAGUUGGUCAAAAUGCAGGAAACUCCCGAUGCGAUCCCGGAAGGCGAGACGCCGUACACGGUGAUGCUGUUUUGCUUUGACGACCUCGUCGACGAUGUGCGGCCGGGAGACAAAGUUCAAGUCACGGGCAUCUACCGCGCCGUCCCGCUCCGUGCCACCGUCAAACAACGCGUGGUCAAGUCCGUCUUCAAGACGUACGUGGAUGUCGUGCAUUUCCGCAAAGUCGACGAGUUGUACAACCAAGGCGGCGGAUUUCGAGAUGCCAAUGCCGUGGACGCCAUCACAAACGCCAAACUCGACGAGUUUCGUCGAAUUGCUGCUGACCCGCUCGUGUACGAGAAUCUGUCGCAUUCACUGGCGCCGUCUAUUUGGGAACUUGACGACGUGAAGAAGGGCGUGCUGUGCCAAUUGUUUGGCGGUGCAAGGAAGGGAGAGUCUGGCCCGGAUAAAAAGCACACGCGGUCGGAUCUGAAUGUUCUCCUUUGCGGCGACCCAGGGACGUCCAAGUCCCAGCUGCUCUCGUACGUGCACAAGUUGGCGCCGCGCGGAAUCUACACGAGUGGCAAGGGCAGCUCGGCCGUUGGGUUGACGGCAUCUGUGGUUCGGGAUAUGGAGACUGGAGACUUUGUGCUCGAGUCUGGGGCGCUCGUUCUCUCGGACGAAGGCAUUUGCUGCAUCGACGAGUUUGACAAAAUGUCAGACUCGGCGCGCAGUGUUCUCCACGAAGUCAUGGAGCAGCAGACCGUGUCGAUAGCCAAGGCUGGCAUCAUUUGCUCGUUGAAUGCCCGCGCGUCGAUUCUGGCGUCGGCCAACCCAAUCGAGUCGCGGUACAACCCGGCCAAAAGCGUGAUCGAAAACAUAAAUAUUCUGCCGACCUUGCUCAGCCGGUUUGAUUUGAUAUACCUCAUUCUCGAUCGGCCAAAUGCCGACGCGGACCGGCAGCUUGCCCGACAUAUUGUCAGCAUGUACUACGACGGGUACACGGUCAGCGCGACGACACGAACGUCCGAAGUGAUUAAGAUGUCGGUCCUGUCCGAGUACAUUGCGUACGCGAAGAAGCACAUCCAUCCCAAGCUGACGGAGGCGGCGGCCGCGGACUUGGUCGCGGGGUACUUGGGGCUGCGACGCAUGGGCAACAACCGCAAGAAUAUCACAGCAACCCCUCGCCAGUUGGAAUCGCUCAUUCGGAUCGCUGAAGCGCUGGCCAAGAUGAAGCUGAGCGCGACGGUGACGUCCAAGGAAGUCGCGGAAGCGCUUCGAUUGAUGCAUGUCGCGACGCAAAAAGCCGCGAUGGAUCCGCGCACGGGCACAAUCGACAUGGACAUGAUCACAACGGGUCUGUCGACGUUAGAUCGACAAACGCUGCAGACCAUGGUGGCCGACCUAAAACAGAUUCUCGAUGCCGAAGGGUCGAUGAGUUUGGGCGAUGCCAAGCGCAAGUUGGACGAAGCGCGGGGUACAGAGACCAAGCCAACGGACUUUCAAUCGGCGAUUCGACUCUUGGAAGAGGACAGCGUCGUUCAGAUCACACACGGUACGCUGAGGUACAUGGCCGACCAUCGCGGCGCGUAGCUUCCUAUCCAACCCUCGAUAACUGUGACCAAGUGCAGAUUUGAAUCUUCGUGUGAUGGCGC